UGACCUGUGCUGUGUCUGCUGUGUUCCCUCUCCCAGACCCGCGUCCCCCAUGUCCGGCUGCGUGACCUCGGGCCUCGUCGUGCUCAUGGUGCCCCUGCUGGCCCUGGUGCUGCUCAGUCCCAUCAGCUGGAGUUACGAGGUGGUGAGUCCCGGCUGCCACCUCUACCCCUUCAAUGUGACCAUUCGCAGCGACCGCAAGGGGACAUGUCGCGGGACCCACGUGGUGUACGCCUGCGUGGGCUACUGUGAGUCCAGCGCCUUCCCGUCGCGCUACUCGGUCCUGCUGGCGUCCAACUUCACCCACAACAUCACCUCGGCCUCCAGGUGCUGCACCAUCAGCCGAGAUGCCAAAGUGAAAGUGCGGCUGGACUGCCCCCGGGGCCGCCACCACGAUGACAUAGAGAUUGUGACGGCACAAGCGUGCAGGUGUGAUAUGUGCCGCAAGUCCCGCUACUGAGGAGCAAUGGCAACGCAACUUAUCCUACAGAACAGUGCAACCUUUCAUGGUUUCAUACACCAGAGAGAGGGAGAGAGAGAGUAUAUGUGUGUGUGUGU